AUGUAUGCCGAUGCGGUGGUAAUCGAAAGUAACCAUGAGGCUGGCGCUAAGGAGACCACUAAAAGUGAAUUGAAGAAUGCGUGUUUUGAAGUGGUUGGAAAUGACCUGGUAUUUGCACUUCCGCGGAGCUCGUUCUCGCGAGAUAGCAUCAUUCUUCGCUCGACGAAUGCUCGCUUCUGGAGCCGUUGUGUCGACCCUUCGACAUCUGAUUUCUUGCAGAAUGGCACGUUUGCCGACGAAACACGUUUUCCGGACGGCCCAACAUACGUGGGCGGUUCUGCAGCGAAGGCUCAGCUUUACGAACGAACCGAGCUAAGAAAUUUGAGGCGGCAAAUCAAAAACCAGCGCUCCCGUUUCCUAAGCAAUAGAAGCCAGCUGUACCUCGAUCUCCGGAGUGCAACGCAACAAGCACAGAACUACCUUCACGAAGACUUUCUAGCUCUGCCAGCAGCUGAAAAUGCUGUGAAGAUUAUCCACAACAAGAUCGUCCAACUGGAUCAGCAAUUGGAGCUGCUCACGCAAUACCUUAGCAAAGUAGAUGAUGCAAUCGAUGGAGCAAUAAGUGAAGGAGACGCGCUUAACGGCGGUGAUCGCGAUAGCCUGCAAUUUGUGGCAAGCAUGCCGAAAAGCGAUGCGAGAGCACGAUCAGACUCAAUGAAGCAAGUACGCCUUGAUGUCGCCAGUAUGUCUCAGCAUCUUCUGACACCAUUGUUUGGGUCUGAGGAUGCUGAAUUUCAUGAUGCACGAGUCGCAUCGGGCUCUAACGUCGUAUCACUAGACUGCGGAGAUACAGACAUGUCAACAUCAUCAUCGGGGCUUUUUGAAUUUGAGCUCAUUGACCUGAGUGGAACUACUCGUGAUUCCAAGCCACCACUUUUCCAUCACUCGCUUUUAACUGGUUGCAUCGAUUUGGAACCAGAGAGCUUGUACGAGGCAACAUUGAGUACAUAUUUCGGGAUCAGUGUAUCGAUGAAUGAGUUUAGCGUAGAAACUGGGCCGGAGCAGUAUGCAAUUUUAUUGGGAGUGAUCUACGAGAAUGUGGAGGAAGUCUCACGAGUCGUCAGAGAAGACACUUGCCCGUCGUGUGCCACUUGUGGAGGACUCCACGAUAGCAGUGAGUACUGCAAUGCAAUAUGGCUUAAGGUCCUUGUGAAAAUCGCGGAUGCUGCGCUUCGAAUCACGGGCACUGGCUGUCCUAUUGCCGAUCUGCUGUGGGAGCAGCUUGAGCUAACAUUCACUUUGCGGACGGACGAUUCCCUGGAGGUCAAUGCAACGGCACUCACAUUCACGGCGGUCGACGUGCGGCCAAUGCAUUGUCAGGAAGCGUCUGAAGUUGUUCGUCCACUUGCUGGAGACGGUCCACAAUUCGAGUACAGUCAAAAAAUGACUUGGACAGAUGCCAUUUACGACUUAAAAGUGAGAAACGCCAAUUUUCUUGGUGUUUAUCCAGCGUAUCACGAUAUCGUAGCGUUUUUUGCGACUCCAUUUUUCACUGAGGGAGAGUUUCUUGAUUUUGAUGUCGGCUUUAUGCCGCCGCCGCCUCCGGAUUGGCAAAAGGUGGACUUCUUUAUGUCUACAACGGGAUGCUUCUUCUCUUUAUUAGAGGAUUUCGAAUCUCCUGACGCGCGAGCGUUAGUCAUAUUGACUGAUGUCGUAAUUGCAUACUCGGGCCUACAGAAAUGUGAGGGUAUGACAGACAUGACCAAGUGCCAUUUAGAAUUUGACCAGCAUGGUAUAUAUUUCUCGCAGCUUCCUGAUCUCCAGAUCGAUGCGUCGUUUCCACUGUCGAACUCAUUUCUUCUGGUUGUCGAUCAUUUCGUUGAAGGUGUGACGACCCUGUCACGACGUAAUUCGUUCGUGCUAGCUCCAGUAGAAACACGGUUUUCUGUUCAAGACGCAAACUUAUUUAUUGACAUUGUAAACAAUUACCUGCGGUGCAUCCCACCACCCAGCCGCUCGGCUCCAAUCAGACACUCGCCCAACGAAGGGGAAAGUGAAUCCAGUGGUGCUUCCAGCGCUCCUGCUGUACUCGUUGCGCCACAUUAUGUGGCUGAUAAGCUCCUUGGUGAUGUUGGUGAACUUCGUUUGGUACUCGUGAACAAUAGUUUGGGCAUUCCCAUCGCUGAUCUCCAUAUGCAAGAUAUUGUGUGCGAGUAUAUUCAAGAUGAAGACUACUCGACCACUAUAGGUACCACACUACUUUUCAACUACUUCAACAACAGUAUUUAUCGAUGGGAGCCUCUCGUGGAACCUUUUGUCGUCCAGAUGCGUAUUCGUCGUGCGCUGGAGGAAAAUAGUCUUAUUGAAGUGUUCGCGAACUUGCCUAUCACCGUCAACUUGAACAUGACACCGGCUAUGGCGCCUUUGUUGUCCUCAGAAGCAUUGACUCGAGCAGAUUUCGUCACCUCUGGCUCGAAGUCGACGGCUCCAUUUUGGGUCGAAAACAAAACAGGUUCAGAGCUUACAUUUAGUUUCCGGCGCGGGAUGGGGUCCAUCAUUCAACAAGUCGUCGCCGACAACAGAAAGGUAUCCGUCGACUGCCGAGAGCAAGGAGAUAUGCUAAAUUUCGAUAGCGCUUCAGCUGAUCGCUUUUUGCGGGAAACUGACCGCCAGGCUCUUACUGUAAAUCACACACUCUCCGUGUGGCUGAAUGGUAAUAAGUGGGUGAGUGUGAACCCUGUAGUAGUAGAUAUGGUUGGACACGUUGCCGUUCCCCUUCGUGAAACGCCGAGUCAUGAUGAUUCAGAUGGCUUUGAGAUUGGCGAGGAAGAAGAAAUCACUCCACCAACUUUGGUUGCAGAGAUCAGUAUCCAAGCGGAUGGCAGCAAGCUGAUAAGUUUACAUUCCCAGGUGGUCCUGCAAAACCGAACAUCUGUACCAUUGAUGGUUUGGGCAUAUUCACCCCGCGAAGGCGGUUGUAUUCAAGAGUGGGUCAUCGACCGUGAACAGAUCUGCCAUAUUCCUCUUCAGCUUGUACACCCUCAGAGUAAGAUCAGUAUAAGGCCUUCGCCAUAUGUACAGUAUGCGCCUCUAACAACAAGCCUGGAAGAACUGGGAGAUGAAGUACGGACCGCAAGAACCGUCAAUACGAAGCGCUUUGUGCGCGCUGGAAACUGCACCUGUAGCUUCGAAACGUUUUCGACGACGGACGAAUUGCAAAACGCCGCUAAUUCGCUGGAAGUGGUCUCAUCUUCUUCUCUUUCGUCGGCGGUUCCGCUGUCUGGUUACAUCACUCGGGAUUUGCCUACUUGGAAGUGUACGUACGAGGUGGAAGCGUACUUCUUGAUGCGUGCUACAUUUUCACGUACAGAGGAACCCUCACCUACGGAGGAAAUGGUGGGGAAUUUGUCAAAAGUUGAGGAGGCAGGUGAUAAGGUGGAAGACGACUUUCUCCGCGUGUUUGGUCCGCCAGCUCGGUGCCAGCGCAUGACCCCACGGCGAGAUGCGAGCUACGAGUUAAAUGAAGCUCGAUCCGCGAGCCAGCGGCGAGGACUUUACGAAGCGACUAACUCGAGUCUCUACUACCUCUCUGUGUCCCCAUUUCUCACGCUUCACAAUCGACUGGCGACGGCAAUGGCGUAUCGUUUGCUCAAUGAUUCUCUCCAGCUGAUUGCAGAAGGAGUAUUAGCAGUGGGAAAUGUGCUUCCUCUAUUUCAAAUCGAUUCUUCGGGAGUGCUAUUCGUAUCGUUUCGGUUGGAGAACUACAGCUGGAGUGCUCCGAAACUGAUCAUCAACCCGAAGACGUCCACCUACUCGAUGCCCUACAAAGAGACUACUGAACCCGUGCAGUUGGUUGGCCGCACAUUUGAUCGCGAUAUUGCUGGCGAACAGAGCAAUGUGCCCAACUUGCAAUUGCAAGUGAAGCUAUCCGGACGCGAUGUCAUCGUGUUCUGUUCGAUUUGGAUCGUUAACCACACUGAUCUUGAUCUUGAAUAUUGCAACUCAACAAGCUCGUCGUCCAAACGACUCGAAAAUGUACUCAAGUAUGUUCAUCAGCGUCCAGCUUCGGUAGAAAAGCAAAGUGAGAACUUGUUAACGCGCUCAGUUUCUUUUCGCGAAGGGGGAGCCCGCGAGACUCCAUUGACAUGUCUACGAAAGGUGAAGCCUUCCACUAUCCCAGUCGCCCUUAAUGUUGUUAUCCGCGAAGCAAGGGAGCUAUAUAAUGCGCAGUACUUUGGUUCACAGAGUCCUUACGUACGAGUGUCUCUAUUUGCUCUCAAGGACCCGAAAGACAUGUAUUUGGAGAAGCCCGAGAUGGUCGCGGUUUGUUCUGCUACUACGAAGCCAAGCCCGUCGGGUGGCCUAACACCUCAAUGGGAUGACCGCCUCCAGAAUACGUUGCUCCUCCGCUUUCCGCCAGAAUUAAGGACAUUAGAUUUGGCGCGCAUUAUCAUCGAGGUGCGCAAUGUACACUACGGGCUUGACACUUGUCUUGGAGUUACGGCUGUAAAGGUCGACAGUAUUUUGAAAGACCGCAAACGAGCCGCAGCUUUUAAUUGGUACAAGUUGCUCAAGCGAAAGUCGUCGCGCGAGCAGAAGAAAUCCAAGAACAAUCUUGCGAGUAUGCACCGAGGGGACAUUAGCAUCUCAUUUUCUGUUGGAAUGUCCCAGGAACUACCAACAGGCUUAGAUGUAAUGGAGAGCACCGAGGCGAUUACUGACGACAAUGGUUCACUGUCCAUUUGUGACAAGGAAACGAAAGCACCUUACCUUGAGAGGCAAGGGAGCGAAGAUUUUCAGCUUGAUGAUGUCGAUAGUUCUUCAGUACUAGAUGAACAGCAAACACCAGGUCCUCUUCCGUCCGUACGCGCAAUCCGGUCGUUACAACGACUUCAAACACCGUCGAAUCACGACAUCAGACUAAUUGGGGUUCCAGCAUCGGUGCGCGGACGGCCUAUACGCUCAUUCACAGGAGAACUCGAGGCCACGCGCCCACAAGAAUCACUAUCCUACGAUCCGAUAUCAACACGAGCUAUAGGAGCUAUGCUACUUAACGGGGCGUCGCCAACAAAACCAGUACACGAGAGGAAAUCACACGGGCUACAGGUGUACUUACCGCACAACCGCUUCGCUUGUGUCGUGGUUGAAGUCGAUUCAACAUCUCUCAUGUCGGAAGUCUUCGACUCCGUCUGCAUAAAGUGUGGCUUCGAUGGCGUCUUAAAUAUCGAUGACUUUGAUUUCUACGAGCUGGUACUACCGCGAUUUGUCUCACUUCGAAGUGCAGGCCGACCGGAGGGCGAAAGGUGGUAUGGUCAACCGAUUCCGAUGACCUCUCGCACUGAGAAUAGAGGUCGUCGUCACGGUUUUCACUUAUGUCAUAAAAUUACGAUAACAACCAUUCGGUUGUACGACGAAGCUAGUACAGCAAGCUCACACCAUGUUACGCCGCGCUCGCUUGCGACGAGCUCUAAGCCUUUAAACCCUGCGCAAAUUCGCCCCAUGCCCUGGAGCGACGUGCUUUCGUACAGUUCCGGGGGAAAGCAUUGGGAUGUCUUGCGAAUCAAGUCGCGAUCGUCGCCAUGGUCUGAUACCAUUCGUCUUAACCGCAAUGCUAUGGGAAAUUCUGGAGUCGCACAGGUCAUCAGCCUCACCAAUGAGGUUCGUGACCAGGACGAAGAAAGUGAUCUUCGCAACGAAAGCCUGGAAGUUGCGCUGUGGAGUUGCUUCGGUAGCGGGCGCUUUUCAGAGACAAUCAUAGCAACUGUAGUCCCUCGUUACAUCUUGAUUAAUAAGACGGAAGAGACUAUCAAGUUUCGGCAAUGCGGGGUUCCACGAACUAUGCGAUUAGCCGCGAAUGAGCUCGUGCCAUUCCACUGGCCGAGCGCGCUACAAGAAAAGCUACUGGAAGUGACUCUACUACACAAGUACAGCUGGAGCGGAAGUUUCCGUAUUAAUUCGCUUGGAACCACAUAUUUGAAGCUCCGCGACCGAGCUCAUCCCUCACGCAUUUAUAUUUUAGUAUGUCAGAUUGAGCUGGUCGGUGGUUCCGUCGCGUUGGUUUUCCGCGGAGAGUCGAGGCGCUUCCCGCCUUACAGAAUCGACAACAUGACAUCGUUCAGGAUACAGUACAAGCAGGCAAACUGGGGCGGAGACAGAGAUUACGACGAAUUGCUACCUCGAUCUUCGUGUCCGUACUCCUGGGAUUAUUUACGCGGCACCGAGGGUAAGUCGUUAUCUUCGACACAGGAGCAUGUCUUUCCCGGCAACUCAAACUCAUCAUCUCGUUCGCUUCGAGUAAAAUUUAUGCGGGUGACAUCUUCGACUUCAAAUACUGGCGAAAUUUCGGACAAAGAUGCCGUAGAGGUUCGCGAGUACAAUUUGGACGAAAUGGCUACUUAUAAGCGCAUACAGCUUCACCGCUCGUUGCCGUCAGAAAUUUUCUUUAAACCGGAGCAAAAAGGAUAUUUGCUGAAGAAGGAUAGUAUGCUCAAGUGGAACCGGAAAUACUUUCGGCUGUACGAGCACAUGUUGUACUAUUUUGCUAACGAGACUGAUCAGGAGCUCCUGGGGGUAGUGGACUUGCGGACAGGAUCAAAUGUACCCGGUGUGGGAAGCGUCGCCAUUUUUGAAAAGGCUCCAGAAGCUCCAUCGAAAACGGGGUUUGUUUCGCUCAACGGUCUUGUCUCAUCAAUUUCUGAUAGUCUUUUUGGGAAAGACUCGAAGCAACUUGGAAAUGAUGGCGGUGAUGAUGACGACGAUGACAGCGAAGAUAGACUGAGAGAGCUGGUACACUUUGCAGUGUCGUUGACUGCAUCAAGCCUGCUUCGGGAAGAGUCGGAGAAGUUUGUCGAACGGGAUGACCGAGAGUAG